AUGUGUGAGUGGAUGAAUACUUGCAAAGGAAACACGGGAAUAACAGGGUCAAUUACAUCUCUACUCAUCUUGUUAUCUACCCUGCAACUGGCUGAAAAUGUAACUUCGGGUAAGAAUACUAGAAAUGUUGAUUAUUCAGAAAUGUUUGAUUGCAAUAAAAUAACAUUAACCUCUGGAAUCCAAACUGCUAUUAAAUAAUAUCUAAGCAUUUCUAUUUUUCAUGUCUUUCCUCCCAGUCUCUCUGGUGACAUGUCUCUACUCUGAGGACUGUGUGCUGACAUGUAGCUUCAAACCAAAUGAAGAGGAGCUGGUUCACUGGUAUAAACAACAAAUACCCGUCCAUAGUUACUACUAUGACAGUGACCAGUUACAACUGCAGAAUGGACAUUUCAAUGGAAGGACAUCUUUGUUCAAAGACCAGCUUGUUCAUGGAAAUGCAUCUCUCCUACUAAAGAGGGUAGAUGUUUCAGAUGAGGGCAUAUAUGGCUGUUACACCAGCACCAUUAUGGGUAACAAGGAAACCUUUGUGGAUGUUAAGGUGAAAGGUUAGUUCCUACUGUUGCUGUGUGAGAUACAGUGAGCUCCAAAAGUAUUGGGACAGUGACACUUUUUGUAUUUGUUUUGGAUCUGUACUCCAGGACUUUGGAUUUGAAGUGAUACAAUGACUAUGAAGUUAAAGUGCAGACUGACAGUUUUAAUUUUAGGGUAUUUUCAUCCAUAUCGAGUGAACCGUUUAGAAAUUAUAGCACUUUUUGUACAUAUUCCCCCCAUUUUAGGGGACCAAAAGUAUUGGAACAAAUUCACAAAUUCACUUACAUUUACAUUUAAGUGUAAAUACAUGUGUAUUAAAGUAGUCAAAGUUAAGUAUUUGGUCCCAUAUUCAUAGCACACAAUGACUACAUCAAGCAUGUGACUCUACAAAAUGGUUGGAGGCAUUUUCUGUUUGUUUUGGUUGUGUUUCAGUGCCCAAUAGAAAUUAAUGGUAAAUAAUGUAUUGUCAUUUUAGAGUCACUUUUAUUGUAAAUAAGAAUAUAAUAUGUUUCUAAACACUUCUACAUUCAUGUGGAUGCUACCAUGAUUACGGAUAAUCCUGAAUGAAUCGUGAAUAAUGAUGAGUGAUAAAGUUACAGACGCACAAAUAUAAUACCGUCACAAAUAUAAUUGUCACUGUCCCAAUAGUAAGUAGUGCUUUGUUUCAUCAUGCGAAUUAAGAAUUUUCAUUUUACACUUUUUUUCAGAGGUUGUUAAAGGUCCAAUGCAGACGUUUUUAUCUCAAUAUCAGAUAAUUUCUGGGUAAUAAUUAAGUGCCUUACAGUGAUUGUUUUCAAUUAAAAUGGUCAACAAGAAACAAAAUGGCUUCUUAGCAAAGAGCGAUUUCUCAAGCAAGAAUUUUGCUAGGACUGUCUGGGAGUGGUCUGAGUGAGGAGGGGAAAACUAGCUGUUAUUGGCAAAGAGCUUUGGAACUCUUUCUUGUUGGUCUAUUAAAGGAAAGUUCCACCCAAAAACUAUAUUUUGGUAUUUGUUUCAUUAGUCCAUUGUUGAUAUAGUCCCAAUUUUUUUUGCAUGUCAACAAUCAAGUUUAAGUAUAUAACUUUCAAAGUACAGAAAUAUAGCCGGUAUGGUGCAUGCUGCGUCAUGUGAUGCAAAACGCAGCAUCAUACAAUGCAAAAUGCAUCAUACCAUGUAUUUCUGUAUUUUGAAAGUUAUGCCGCAUUCGAAACUAGUCGGAACUAGGAAACUCUGACAUUUCUGACUUGCUGAUUCGUUGAACAUGUAUAACUACAACCAGUUAGCAAGUCAGACAUUUCAGAGUUUCCUAGUUACCGACCAGCACGUGAACGUGGCAUGAUAUAUUGUAUCUUGAAAACUUGAUUGAUGACAUGCAAAACAUUCACCAUGCAGGCUAAUACUCAAUCCCACCAAAACAGGCUGAAAUUUCAGUAUUUUUAAACAAUAUCACAGUAUUAUUCCAGCCUCGUAGUGUGUAAAUAUACACUACAUGACCAAAAGUAUGUGGACACCUGCUUGUCGAACAUCUCAUUCCAAAAUCAUGGGCAUUAAUAUCGAGUUGGUCCCCCCUUUGCUGCUAUAACAGCCUCCACUCUUCAGGGCUCUGUGCAGGCCAGUCAAGUUCUUCCACACCGAUCUCGACAAACCAUUUCUGUAUAGACAUCGCUUUAUGCACGGGGCAUUGUCAUGCUGAAACAGGAAAGGGCCUUCCCCAAACUGUUGCCAAAAGGUUGGAAGCACAUAAUCAUCUAGAAUUUCAUUGUAUGCUGUAGCAUUAAGAUUUCCCUUCACUGGAACUAAGGGGCCUAGCCCGAACCAUGAAAAACAGCCCCAGACCAUUAUUCCUCCUCCAUCAAACUUUACAGUUGGCGCUAUGCAUUGGGGCAGGUAUCCGCCAAACCCAGAUUCGUCCGUCGGACUGCCAGAUGGGGAAGCGUGAUUCGUCACUCCAGAGAACGCGUUUCCACUGCUCCAGAGUCCAAUGGCAGUGAGCUUUACACCACUCAAGCCAACGCUUGGCAUUGCGCAUUGUGAUCUUAGGCUUGUGUGCGGCUGCUCGGCUAUGGAAACCCAUUUCAUGAAGCUCCUGACGAACAGUUCUUGUGCUGCCAGAGGCAGUUUGGAACUCGGUAGAGGACAGACAAUUUUUAAGCGCUACGCACUAAAGCACUCGCCGGUCCCGUUCUGUGAGCUUGUGUGGCAUACCACUCCGCGGCUGAGCUGUUGUUGCUCCUAGACGUUUCCACUUCACAAUAACAGCACUUACAGUUGACAGGGGCAGCUCUAGCAGGGCAGAAAUAUGCCGAACUGACUUAUUGGAAAGGUGGCAUCCUAUGACGGUGCUACGUUGAAAGUCACUAAGCUCUUCAGUACAGGCCAUUCUACUGCCAAUGUUUGUCUAUGGAGAUUGCAUGUCGGUGUGCUCGAUUUUAUAUACCUGUCAGCGACGGGUGUGGCUGAAAUAGCCGAAUCCACUAAUUUGAAGGGGUGUCUACAUACUUUUUGUGAUGUAGUGUAUAUAAAACACAGGAAAAAUCUAUUUUUUUGACUGCACUGGGCCUUUAACUCUUGUGACUUAAUUUAUUAAACAGAGAACACUUCUUUCUUUUUUGCAGCUCUCAUCCAGUCAGUGAGAAUGGAGAUGACUGGGGAGGUGGUCUCCUGUUCAUCUCAAAACAUCUAUCCUGCCCCUCUGGUGGCAUGGUCCACAGACCCAUCGUCUGGCCCAGAAACACUGCAGAACUCCACCGUUAAAACCCCAGACUCCAAGGGUCUGUACACAGUGGAGAGCACAGUGAGGAUUCUGGGUAAUGUCUCUGACCACGCCUACUUCUGCUCUGUCAUCUCUGCAGACAAGGCCCAGGUGUGGACCACCUCCAUAAAGCAGACAGGUAUUCAGAUCCUUCACCCAUUUAUCAAAGUCCACCAUAACAAUAUAAAGGCCAAAAAAAGUUGGACAAAACUAGCCAGUGACACUUGAAUGUGUCUCUAUUUCAGAGGAAUUUAUUGGAGAGGCAGGGCGAGAGCUAUCCAUACCCUGCAUCGCUCCACAGAACCUCCAGAACUUCUCCCUUACAUGGACCUUCAUCAGAACCAAUGAUCCCACACUCGUCCUCAGCUACGACAGCAAAACCAGACGGAGUUCCAACUUCUGGGAGGGCCAGGCUGGACUGGAGCAGGACCAGGUUCUGAUGGGAGACGGAUCCCUCCUUCUUCACAACCCAGAGAGUCAGGAACACACAGGAACCUAUACCUGUACAUUCACAGGCUUCCAGAGGAGACACAUGGUCCAAACCCAGGUCAACAUCACAGCCAGACGACUCACGGCAGGUAACAUGUAGAAGGAACAAUCAAAGAUAUAGAGGAUGAACAUCAAAAGUAAAAUGACCAUGAUAUUUCCAAUUACAGGUAUAACCAAGGUGAUGGCUGAUCACAUGCUGUGGAUGAUUCCUGCAGUGUCAACUCUUCUGUGGCAGUCCCUGUCGAACUAUAUACACUGAGUAUACCAAACAUUAGGAACACUUUCCUUUUUCCCUCAGAACAGCCUCAAUUCGUCAGGGCAUGGACUCUACAAGGUGUCGAAAGCGUUCCACAGGGAUGCUGACCCAUGUUGACUCCAAUGCUUCCCACAGUUGUGUCAAGUUGGCUGGAUGUCCUUUGGGUGGUGGACCAUUCUUGAUACACACGGGAAACUGUUGAGCAUUAAAAACCCAGCAGCGUUGCAGUUCUUGACACACUCAAACUGGUGCGCCUGGCACCUACUACCAUACCCCGUUCAAAGACACUUUGAAAAGGCAAUCUUUUGUCUUGCCCAUUCACCCUCUGAAUGGCACACAUACACAAUCCAUGUCUCAAUUGUCUCAAGGCUUAAAAAUCCUUCUUUAACCUGUCUCCUCCCCUUCAUCUACACAGAUUUAAGUGUAUUUAACAAGUUAUAUCAAUAAGGGAUCAUAGCUUUCACCUGGAUUCACCUGGUCAGUCUGUGUCAGGACUGCCCAACCCUGUUCCUGGAGAGCUACCGUCCUGUAUCUAGCACACCUGAUUCUAAUAAUUAGCAGGUUGAUAAGAUGAAUCAGGUUAGUAACACCUGGGGUUGGAGCGAAAACCUACAGGAGGGUAGCUCUCCAGGAACAGGGUUGGGCAACCCGGGUCUAUGUCAUGGAAAGAGCAGGUGUUCUUAAUGUUUUGUAUACUCAGUGCAUAAAUAAAUAAUAUAUUUGAGGUGUGAUUUCACAUGGAUGAAAUAACACUUUGGGAGAGGGGUUAGAUGCCAGCAACCUUUUUUUACAUGGUAAACAAUGGCCAGACACACACUUACUCUCAGGCACAGUUUUAUGGCACAAGUUGUAUGGUUGAUAAGUCUGUGAACUCAAUUACUGUGGCCUGGCUUAAUGGAGUAAUGUGUAAUGAAGCAGACAGCAGGAGGUUGGCCUGGGUGGUGUGCAGGUUAAUGGAACAACUGCUUGAAUAGUUGCACAAAGUGUAUACCACAGGCGGCCAGUGGCACCUUAAUUAGGGAGGACGGGCUCAUAGUAAUGGCUGGAACGGAAUCAAUGGAAUGUUAUCGACACAUCAAACACAUGGUUUCCAUUAACUUGAUUCAAGCCAUUAUUAUGAGCCGUUCUCCCCUCAGCAGCCUCCUGUAACCAAGCCAGCCAUGACAAAGAAAAUAGUAUAUUCUGAAUGAGGGGAUGGUGGAGAACAAUCCACGCUUCUUUUUUUUCCCUCUUUGUUUUCGAAUAAAAAAGUAAGAAAUCACAAAAACAAGGUGUGAAUUGUUCUCCAUUCACCCCUGAUUGAGAAUUGUCAUGGCAUGCUUGGUUCAAUAGCUAUUGAUGAGAGAAAACAGAAUAUCCAAUAUAAAACUAAUUUUACCUCAGUGCCAAACCAAACCAUAAAACAACCCUCAGAGCAGAUUAAGUUCAAAUUAAAUUGUAUUCAAUAUUCUGGCUUGCAAGGAACAUUUACACAAUUUUGCACACAAACAUUUCAUGCUGUAUAUACCAAUUAAUGAUGUAUUAAAGCCUGAUUAAUCAGACUAAACUAAUGUCUACACAUGGUUAGGCAGGUUAAAGUUUUACUUGCUUGGUUAAUAAGUCCUUGUUUCAUCAAUGUAACAGCCACUUUGACAUGGAUUCACACACACACACACACAGCUCAUUACACACACACACACACACACACACAAUACUAACAAAUAGAGACUAAGAUCUGGACACAGACCCUCUGCGAUGGCACUGACACAUGGACCUGCCACUGUGCUCCUGAUCUUUCUGUGGACAUUGUCUAUGACUGACUCCAAAGGUACAGUAUGACUUGACCUCCUCUCUCUCGCUCUCUAAAUAGAACAGUAUAUUUCAGGGGAGAACUGUCUGAUCUACUGUAACUAAGCUCUAAGGAGGCGGUGUUAUUGGUGCUCUAUGUGUAUCUCUCGUUUUAGAACAUAUUUUACUUGUCCAUUUGGUGAUCCACAGAAUGUCCUAACGGCAGGUAGGGUGCUAAUGGAUUCUACUUUAUUAGGACAUUCUUUUCCAUUUCCAUUAAGAGGGUUUUUGUUGCGAUGAAUGUCGAAAAAUAACUAUAUGGUUUGUAUGUGUAUUGAUCUUAUAUUGAAUGGAAUUUACUGCCAGUACAUAGUUUUGAAUGAGAAUAUCAGUAAAACUAUCCCAAGCAAAGAUAAGAGAUAUUUAUUUUGGAAUGACGAUUCAGGUAAUAGCAAGAAACUAAAUGUAGUGACUUGUUCAUCUAACCUUCCUGAAUGUAUUUAUUGAACAUCACCAGAGAAAUGAUCGAUAGAUGCUAAUAUGUUGUUGUGGACAUUUAUUCUAUAUUGUACAUCUAAUUAUACUUGUACGUAGAUUCAUGUACUUUUUGUCAAGUCUCUGCUGUGAGAAGAGACUACAUGUUAAAUAACACAAGAUAAAUGAUUUGUUUGGGAGGAAAACAUAUUUGGGUAUUUGCUGUUGGCCAUUGAAAGUUUAGAAGGGAGAACAUGAAUUGUGCUGUAAUAUUCUGAAAAGGCAAGUCGAUUGCAUGUAUUUUACUUUAAUCAACAUGCUGAUAUUCUGGUCAUCUUACUGUUUGGACAUGUUCUCACCAUCCAUAGAUGGUAUACUGUCAGUGUUCCUCAAAACCACUACUUUCUAACUUUCAAACAUUGCUUUUCAGAGGCUUAUGUGACCUGUUUAUUCCAUGAGGACUGCAUGCUGCCCUGUAGCUUUAAACCCACUGGUGCCGUGGUCAUCCACUGGUACAAACAGCAGAUCCCUGUUCACAGCUACUAUUACAACAAGGACCAGUAUGGACUGCAGAAUAAGAACUUCAAUGGAAGGACAUGCUUGUUCAACUCCCAGAUUGCCCAUGGCAAUGCAUCGCUCCUCCUGAAAAGGAUAAAAGUUCAGGACAAGGGAAGAUACAAGUGCUACACCAGCACCAGGAAGAGGAACCAGGAGACCUUUGUCAACCUGGGGGUGAAAGGUCAGUGAAAAAUCUCCCUAUUGUCUCCUAGUUUAUUCCUCUUGCAUGCAACAUUUAUUGAUGGACAGUUCACACAAACCACUUUCUAUUCAUCAGUAUGAUUCCACGUUUCAAAUCCUGUCCAGACAUUUGUAAAGCAUUAAAAAGCUGGCAGGCUUUGAUAGCCAUGCCUAUCCCUGUCUCACUAUCCCUAUGUUAACUGUGUCCGUUUAUUUGUUGUGUAAUAAGAUAGACCUCUGUAGGAGAGCCAAGAGGAGUGUGGUUAGUCUGUAGUGUUUCAUAAAAGCUUAGGCCUAGUAUUGUGUAUAACACAGUUUUGUGGGACCAUGUUUGUUAGUGCCCUUUAAUUCAUUAGUCUACCCUCAUUCACGGUCGUGACUGCAGAAGGGAAUAAAGCUGUCUCUAUUUUCCACUGUAACACUUGACUGGGCCCUGCCUGCAGUAGUCUACAGGGAACACCAUGUUUCCACUGGGACUGUGGCUUGGUCAUGUGAUAGGACCUUAGGGGGGAGUUGGGGUAAGUUAAGCCACUUUUUACAUUCAGCAUCACUCCAUCAAGGGAAAUAAAGUAUUAUUUCUAACAAAGAUAUCUACAUAUAUAUUUCAGGAUGUUGUGUAUCCCUGGAUAUAAUCUGAAUGCAUGUAAACAUUACAGUUUUGAAAACAUACUGUAGCUUGUCCAAAAAAAGUGGUCUCUUGGCACAACUUAGGGUUAGUCAUUUCUGUACUUAAUGAAAUAUUACCGCUAACGUAAAAAAAAAAAUGUCUAUCUUUAUUUCCCAAACACAAUUCAACACAAUUACAAUAACUUUGUCUUUUAAUCAUUCUAAGCAUAUUUUAAAGGCCCAAUGCAGCCAUUUUUGUUUCAAUAUCAAAUAAUUUAUGGGUAACAAUUAAAUACCUUAUUGUGAUUGUUUUCAAUUAAAAUAGUCAAAAAUAAAACACACAUUUUGCUAGGACUGUCUGGGAAUGGUCUGAGUGGUGAGGGGAAAACUGAAAACUAGCUGUUAUGGCCCAGCGGUUUGGAACUCUCUUUCUUAUUGGUCUAUUAACUAAUUUACUGCCUGGUGAUACAGUAUCACCAAGCAGGCAAAAGCUCCAUCCCACCAAAACAGGCUGAAAUUUCAGGCUGUCUUUUCAAACAGCUCCUACACUAAAAUGGCAUUAUCAUAAUUUUCACAAUUUCACAGUAUCAUUCCAACCUCAUGGUGUGGAUAUAUAUACAAAACACAGGAAAAUCACGUUUUUGAGUGCACUGGGCCUUUAACACAGGCUUAACACCUAAUAAACACUUUGAACUUAAAAAAAAACACUUUUAACAUAGGCCAGUCCCUGGUGUUACCUAAUUUCCCAGCAAUAAUGCCUUGUAUUACGCCUGGGAAAAAAACACUUCAAUUUGAUCAACUUGCCAUUGGCUCAAUCAUUGGCUCAACUUACCCCAAGGCAAAGAUUUUGAUUUUAUUAGCCCACACAACUACAUGAAUGCUCUUUCAUGUUACGUUUAGGACCACAUAUUGAAGCUUAUAGAUACCCCAAAUGAAGUAUAGAACAAUCUUAAAAUGAUCUAUAGUGGGGGAAAAAAGUAUUUAGUCAGCCACCAAUUGUGCAAGUUCUCCCACUUAAAAAGAUGAGAGAGGCCUGUAAUUUUAAUCAUAGGUACACGUCAACUAUGACAGACAAAAUGAGGAAAAAAAAUCCAGAAAAUCACAUUGUAGGAUUUUUUAUGAAUUUAUUUGCAAAUUAUGGUGGAAAAUAAGUAUUUGGUCACCUACAAACAAGCAAAAUUUCUGGCUCUCACAGACCUGUAACUUCUUCUUUAAGAAGCUCCUCUGUCCUCCACUCGUUACCUGCAUUAAUGGCACCUGUUUGAACUUAUCAGUAUAAAAGACACCUGUCCACAACCUCAAACAGUCACACUCCAAACUCCACUAUGGCCAAGACCAAAGAGCUGUCAAAGGACACCAGAAACAAAAUUGUAGACCUGCACCAGGCUGGGAAGACUGAAUCUGCAAUAGGUAAGCAGCUUGGUUUGAAGAAAUCAACUGUGGGACCAAUUAUUAGGAAAUGGAAGACAUACAAGACCACUGAUAAUCUCCCUCGAUCUGGGGCUCCACGCAAGAUCUCACCCCGUGGGGUCAAAAUGAUGCUUUGGGGCUGUUUUUCUGCAAAGGGACCAGGACGACUGAUCCGUGUAAAGGAAAGAAUGAAUGGGACCAUGUAUCGUGAGAUUUUGAGUGAAAACCUCCUUCCAUCAGCAAGGGCAUUGAAGAUUAAACGUGGCUGGGUCUUUCAGCAUGACAAUGAUCCCAAACACACCGCCCGGGCAACGAAGGAGUGGUUUCGUAAGAAGCAUUUCAAGGUCCUGGAGUGGCCUAGCCAGUCUCCAGAUCUCAACCCCAUAGAAAAUCUUUGGAGGGAGUUGAAAGUCUGUGUUGCCCAGCGACAGCCUCAAAACAUCACUGCUCUAGAGGAGAUCUGCACGGAGGAAUGGGCCAAAAUACCAGCAACAGUGUGUGAAAACCUUGUGAAGACAGAAAACGUUUGACCUGUGUCAUUGCCAACAAAGGGUAUAUAACAAGUAUUGAGAAACUUUUGUUAUUGACCAAAUACUUAUUUUCCACCAUAAUUUGCAAAUAAAUUCAUAAAAAAUCCUACAAUGUGAUUUUCUGGAUUUUCUUUUCUCAUUUUGUCUGUCAUAGUUGACGUUUACCUAUGAUGAAAAUUACAGGCCUCUCUCAUCUUUUUAAGUGGGAGAACUUGCACAAUUGGUGGCUGACUAAAUACUUUUUUCCCCCACUGUACUUUGGUUUAGAUACAAGCAUCAUGAAACCUCUAACAAUACAGUAAUUUGACUUUUUUUACCUAACUUGCUUACCAUUUUUUCCAUGUGUUUUUUUACUUCACAGACUCCAUGAAAUGAUGACCUCUCCCUAAAUAUUGGGUCAAAUUAUUAAUUUUGUGUAUGGUUUACUAGAAACAAUGGGUGGCUCAACUAACCCUUUCACUCAACUUACCCCACUCUCUAUGAUGUCAUAUAUCCAUGAAUGCCGAAGUUGUCAUACUAAAAAUGCAAUAGAACAGUAGAAAAUUACUGAUAUGCCAUGAUUGGACAUGUAAACCCCUUCUAGAGGGCUAGUAAAUUAAUGUUAUCAAUGUUUGAAAAAAAACUCAAGCUUCAUACUUUAUUCAAUACUAUCAAGAACAAUGUUUUCUCUUUUUCAGCUCUAAUCCAGUCAGUGAGAAUAGAGAUGACUGGGGAGGUGGUCUCCUGUUCAUCUCAGAACAUCUAUCCUGCCCCUCAGGUGGCAUGGACCACAGACCCACCGUCUGGUCCAGAAACACUACAGAACUCCACCAUCAAAACCCCCGACUCCAAGGGGCUGUACACAGUGGAGAGCACAGUGAGGAUCGUGGGUAAUGUCUCUGACCACGCCUACUUCUGCUCUGUCAUCUCUGCAGACAAGGUCCAGGUGUGGACAGUCUCUCUGAGGCAGCAAGGUAUGGAUCAACAUCCUUGGACGCAGUGUUAUGUUUAUAAAACCAGGUCUCUCAGAAAUUCACAGUGAACUAGCUGUUCUCUCCUUGAUAUAGUCUAAAAUGCAUUUUACAAAGAACUGACUAAGCUUGUAUUUGAAAUGCUCCUUGGAACAGGAACUAGGUAAUAUAGCUGUGAGCAGCAAUGAACGGGGUUAACAGGAUGACAGAAAGGACAGAAGAUCAGUUGGAUAACAAAGCAAGCACUGUACAUGUAGGAACUCUUCCUUUAUGUACAAUCAGUGAAAGCAUCACCAUGUUUAUCUCUCAAUAGCACGAGGAUGGCUCAAGUGAAGUUUAGUCUAGUGCUGUAUGACACGUUUCAAGUUGAUAGGCCACUGUAGAGUGGAUUUACAGUGAUUUAAAUGGACCAAAAUCAGAUUUGUUUUAAUUUGUCAAUAACUCAGCCAUCUUUUGACCAAUCCCUUAGCUGUUCUCAAACUAAGUUAAGACAUGUACCAUAGGCCAUUUGGUGUCAUUUGGUCCUAUGGUUCAUGAGAAGAUUUCUACAUUAUUUUAAAAGUAUUUUUGCAUAUUAGCGUACGCGCUAAUAUGCAUCUACUGGUAUAGUGUGGCCAUAUUUAAAUGCAUCAAUGUUAUUUUCUCAAACUCUUUAGGGACUAUUGUGAUUAGUCCAAUUACUAAAUUUAUAGUCCAUGAGAUUAAGAUUUUUUAUGAUUAUCUUAGGCAUUAGCAUUACAUUGUCAAAAAAGUGAAUUGUUAAGUGUCCUUAUUUUUUAAUAUGCCAAACUUAACAUGGUUCAUAAUGUUUAUGUCUUUGAUGACCCUAAAAUGUUUCAAGUUGAUAGGCUAUUGUGGAGUGGAUUUUAAAAUGAUUUAAAUGGACAUGUAAAAUCUGAUUCCCUGAUUUAUCAAUAACUGAACCAUCUCUUAACCAAUCCCUUAAUUUUUCUCAAACUAAGUUAAAAGAUGCACCAUGGGCCUACAUACCAAAUGUGGUGUUAUUUCCCAGAUGGAGCUAAAUCUACCCUGCUGCACCUUAUGGGUCCUUGAGGGAAAGACACCUACAUACAAAGUCUCUAGGUCAAACAGGGCAACGGAUAUGAGAGUUUAUAACAGUACCCGGGUGCUAUAAUUUUUUACCAAGUUACUCAUAGCCUCUAGUUUCUGUGUGCCAAAUUAGAAAAAAAAGUUAACAAUCUACACUGAGUUUACAAAACAAUAGGAACACCUUCCUAAUAAUGAGUUGCACCCCCUUUUGCCCUCAGAAUAGCCUCAAUUCGUUGGGGCAUGGAAUCUACAAGGUGUCGAAAGCGUUCCACAUGGACGAUGGCCCAUGUUGACUCCAAUGCUUCCCACAGUUGUGUCAAGUUGGCUGGAUGUUCUUUGGGAGAUGGACCAUUCUUGAAACACACAGGAAACGGUUGAACAUGAAAAACCCAACAGUGUUGUGGUUCUUGACACACUCAAACCGGUGCGCCUGGCACCUACUACCAUACCCCUUUCAAAGGCACUUAAAUAUUUUGUCUUGCCCAUUCACCCUCUGAAUGGUACACAUGCACAAUCCAUGUCUCAAUUGUCUCAAAAAUCCUUCUUUAACCUGUCUCCUUCCCUUCAUUACAUUUACGUCACAUUUUAGUCAUUUAGCAGACGCUCUUAUCCAGAGCGACUUACAGUUAGUGAAUACAUAUAUAUAUUUUUUUAUACUGGCCCCCCGUGGGAAACGAACCCACAACCCUGGCGUUGCAAACGCCAUGCUCUAUCAACUGAGCUACAUCCCUGCCGGCCAUUCCCUCCCCUACCCUGGACGACACUGGGCCAAUUGUGCGCCGCCCAUGAGUCUCCCGGUCGCGGCCGGCUGCAACAGAGCCUGGAUUCGAACCAGGAUCUCUAGUGGCACAGUUAGCACUGCGAUGCAGUGCCUUAGACCGCUGCGCCACUUCAUCUACACUGAUUGAUGUGGAUUUAACAAGUGACAUAAACAAGGGAUCAUAGCUUUUCACCUUGAUUCACUUGGUCAGUCUAUGUCAUGGAAAGAGCAGGUGUUCCUAAUGUUUUGUAGACUGUGUAUGCUUGAGCUAUUUGACCAUGUCAAGGAUUUAUUUUUAAUAAGAAUUCAGACAAUAACUAUAGCUUUGCUGUGAACCCCUAAUUACUGGUCAGUCUGUUCUUUUCGUGUCUCUAGAGAAAACCAACAUGUCCGGAGAUAUAGUGACAUUUAAAGAGAUGUAAAAUAUGUGACUCAUAAAAAUGGUUACCAGCUUAGAAUCACUUCCAUAUGGUUGAAUUGUAUGAAGUUGUUGACAAAGGGGAGAGAUAUAAUUGACACCAGUGGUGUAGUGGAGGGUAAAGUCACUUAAACGCUGUUUACUCACCUUUUUUUUGUGCGAGCGUUGACCCACCUUUUGCGCAAAAAUGCAUUGAAAGGAUAAGGAGCGCUACUUUACUCAUCACGAACAACGAUCAUUGUUUACCCUCCACUACAUCACUGAUUGACACAUGACUUGUGACAUGUUUCAUCUUGCAGUGGAAUUGAUUGGAGAGACGGGGCAAGAGCUGUCCAUACCCUGCAUUGCUCCACAGAACCUCCAGAACUUCUCCCUCACCUGGACCUUCACCAGAACCAAUGAUCCCACACUCAUCCUCAGCUAUGACAGCAGAAUCAGGCGGACCUCCAACCUCUGGGAGGGCCGGGCUGGACUGGAGCAGGACCAGGUUCUGAUGGGCAACGGAUCCCUCCUCCUUCACAACCCAGAGAGUCAGGAACACUCAGGAACCUACACCUGUACAUUCACAGGCUUCCAGAGGAGACACAUGGUCCAAACCCAGGUCAACAUCACAGUUACUCCAAUAGGUAGGUGCACAUUCAUUAAAUAUGUAUAUGUUCUUUACACUAUUCAUAUAGAGUAUAUUAUUACAAACACGCCAAUACAAGCAGAUAGUUAAUGAGGAAUCACAAUGUCUGUUUCACAGUGGAGGAUGAGCAGAACAGUGAGAGGUCAUGGUGGGGCACAGCAGCCUCUGUCGCCUUCUUUGUCUUCACAGUUACUGUGGCCCUUCCACGGUGUCUAAGGCACAGAGGUAAGUGACUACACACCUCUAAAUAUAAUUUUCAUAAUUAUACUACCCAAAAGACAAAGCUGUACACCUGAUUGUAUUUUCACCUAUCUGUCCUGUAGGAAAGCAAACAACAUAUAAUUGGAAAGAUGGACGACCAUUGCCUGUAAUGAGACCCUCACAUGCAGGUAACCAUAGCGCAGGGGUAUUCAACUCUUACAGGAGCCUUUGGGUUCUCUGUUUUACCUGAUAAUGAAUUACAUCCACCUGGUGUCCCUGGUCUAAGUUCCUGAUUAGAGGGGAACAAUGAAAAAAAGCAGCGGAACUGGCUUUGUGGUCCAGAGUUGAGUUUGAGGUGACUAGAGCACGUGUCAAACUCAUUCCAUGGAGGACCGAGUGUCUGCGGGUUUUCACUCCUCCCUUGUACUUGAUUGAUGAAAUAAGGUCACUGAUUAGUAAAGAACUCCCCUCACCUGGUUGUCUAGGUCUUAAUUGAAAGGAAAAAACAAAAACCCACAGACACUAGGCCCUCCAUGGAAUGAGUUUGACACAUAACAGUCAGCUUGUUUUAAACUGUUCUUGAGGAGGAUGACUGUGUUUGGUAAAAUGCUAUAUUCUUGUGUUGUAGAUACAGCAAUAAUCAUGAUUGGGUCAACUUUACACCAACAAAAUGGAGCAGGUCUGGAUGAAACAGGAACAAAUGAACAUAGACCACAUAGCCAAGGAUUGUACAUAUCUGGACCACAUACACUAGAGGGUGACAUAACACAGCCAUAUACUCCAAGACCGGAUGAAUUGGCAAGCGAUGUUCCAGAGACAGCAGGAUGUUCUUCACCACGAUCACAGUCGCUACUGAGUGAGGAGCUAGAUGGUGACACAAUCAAACCACAAACACCAGGCAAUGAUGGACCACAGCCACACACACCAGAGAGUGAUGAAGUAGGAAAUGGUGGCCCUAUACUUGGAAGUUAUUCACAAGACCUUGAUGCAACAAUAUCAUAUGCCCAAGAAGGGAUGCCGGGACCAUGUACAUCAGGAGAUGAUGAAGAAGUAAGACUUCAUCAUCUACAGACACAUGAGGAGGUCCCGUCAGACCAAACACCAGAUGAGUUGAUUCCUCUGGAUCAGAUGACUCUGAAAGUGGUGCACACAUCCAGGACUUACCAGGUAGUAAUGCACCAGGACCUUACAUAACAGGAAGUGGCAGCAUGUCAUAAUGGACUAGCGAUUGAAGAGAUACAGUACUUCUCACAGUACUGGAGCAGGCAAAGGUCAAUGGUCACAGCUGAGGAUGGACACGUGGCUACAUCAAUAUCCUCACAGAGUCAUAGUCCAUGUCCAACGCAGGCUGAUGUGGCCAGACCUAUGAACAAUGCAACUAUGGUCACCUUAUCAAACUUUGGGAUGGGUUGGAUUUUGGGGGGGAAAUUAGCAUAAAUGCAGUCAAAAAUACUAUUUAAUUAGUUAACAUCGCCCUGUUUGAUAUUUGCCAUGAGUAUACUGUUAUGGUAACCUACAUUUUCAGACUAACAUUUUAAUACAUUUAUUAAAGAUAACUGGGUCAA